UUUUGAAAAGCAGUUAGUCUGUAGCUUUGCAACUGCUCACACUAAACCUUUUCGGAUCUAAAUUUUUCAGGUUGUACGCAAAUUUGGCUUCUUUUCCUUUCCUUUGGUUAAAUAAAAUGAAAAUGUUGAAGUCAUUGAGUCUACUUCCCCGUACUGUUUCUCCGUUUCAAAAAUGUUAUUCGACCGAUCUGAUCAGUUUGGUAGGCAUUCCCCGGGUCAAGAUAACCAAGGGUCAGAAUCGUUAUUUGUUAGUGAAUAUUCAUACGCAUGGCUUCACGAAAUACGGAAGAGUUAUUGUCCGAGGCGCCGAUGUCGACAAUCACUUGACGGUGUUUGACUCCAUUUUGGAGGAACUAGAGCCACAGGGCAUCUGUGCGAAAAUCCUCGGUGGUGGAAGGAUUCUCAACGAGGCGGACAGCAAGAAAAUGAAGAUUUAUGGCACCUCUAGGACAUUCGGCAGUGCUGAUCACACAAGGACGAGGAAUAUACUUCAUUCGUGGACCACAUAUAAGGACUUCAAGAUAACCGUUAAGAAUUAAAGUUGCAUAUAUUUCGAAAAUGUAAAUUUAAUAUUAAUUAAAAAAAUCGAAUAUAAAA